AUGCCUAAACCAUUUGAAGAAGUAUGGAGAGAAUCAGAAGGUUUUCGUGAAAAAUGGAAUUUUCCUAACGCGAUUGCUGCCAUUGAUGGAAAACACGUGGAUGCAAAUUAUAAAUUCAUAGUCGUUGAUAUUGGGGCUUUUGGUAAAAACUCUUUGCGAAAUUCUAAUUUGGUUAAAGGCUUACAGAAUGUAACACUAAAUAUACCUUCACAAAAAUACUACCAGGUUGUGACAGGCAGUGACGUAUUACCGCACGUCAUAAUUGGUGAUGAAGUUUUCCCAUUAUGUUUGAAUUUGAUGCAACCAUACUCACGCGAAGAUGCACUAAGAAACGAAGAAAAAAAAGUGUUUAACUAUCGGUUGAGUCGUGCUAGAAAUACUGUGGAAAAUACGUUUGGAAUAUUGCCACGGAAAUUUAGAAUUUUUGAACGUAAAAUGUCUAUGUCUCAAGAACUCAUUGUGAGUGUUGUAAUGGUUACAUGCUGCUUGCACAACUUUCUAAGAAAUGACGCGUGUCAUUGGACAGAAAAUGAUUUGAAUAUUUCUAUUUCCAAUAUGAGAAGACUGCAAGACUUAAAAAAUAUAGGUGAAAAUUCAAAAACAGAUGCUUUAGCAGUUAGGGAUCGUUUCAAAAGUUAUUUCAACUCAGCAGCAGGGUCAGUAGAAUGGCAAUUAAGUAGAGUUUGA